AUGAAAUUAUUUGUAUUAUUAAUAUUUUUAAUUAUUAGCAUUUUAAAUAAAAAUGUAAAUUCCGAACAAUUAUAUACAAGAUAUAGAUCACCAUAUCCAUAUUAUAGUCAAAAGAAUUUAGGUAAAAAAUCAGUUAAAGAUGAUCCAUCACCUCCACCUUACAAAGAAUAUUGGUAUAUGCAAACUUUAGAUCACUUUAAUUUUCAAACUAAAGGCCAAUUUGCACAACGUUAUUUAAUUUCCGAUACAUACUGGAAUAAACCUUCACCAUCAUCAAAGGUUUGUAGUGGUCCAAUUAUUUUUUAUACAGGUAAUGAAGGUGAUAUAGUUUGGUUUUAUGAAAAUUCACAAUUUAUUACAAAUGUUUUAGCUAAAGAAAUGGGUGCACUUUUAUUUUUUGCAGAACAUCGUUAUUAUGGUGAAACUUUACCAUUUGGAAAUGAAUCAUUAACACCAGAAAAUACAGGCUAUCUUACAAGUGAACAAGCAUUGGCCGAUUAUGCCGAAUUAAUUCCAUCAGUUUUAGCUGAUUUAGGCGCUGAACAUUGUCCAGUAAUUAGUGUAGGUGGUAGCUAUGGUGGUAUGUUAACUGCUUGGUUCCGUAUGAAGUAUCCAAAUAUUGUUGAUGCAGGUUUAGCAGCUUCAGCACCAAUUUUAAUGUUUUAUAAAACUGGAGCAUCACAAGAAGGAUUUAAUCAAAUUGCAACCGAUGACUUUAAGCAAACAAGUGAAGAAGGUACAUGUGCAUCACGUAUUAGAAAUGCAUUCAAUUCAAUUAUGGAAAUUUCACAACAAACAGGCGGUUUACAACAAUUGACAAAUACUUUUUCAUUAUGUGAUUCAUUAAAUCAAGUUGGCGAUUUAGUUAAUUGGAUUGAAUCAGGUUUAACAUAUAUGGCGAUGGCUGAUUAUCCAUAUCCAGCUGGAUUUUUAGAACCAAUGCCAGGUUAUCCAAUUAAUGUCAGUUGCGAAGCCAUGGCCACAACUACAGAUGAUAUUCAAGGUCUUCUUAAAGUUUUAAAUGUUUACUAUAAUUAUACUGGCACAACACAAUGCUAUAAUACAUCAGUUUUUACUACAUCAGCCUUAGGUUCAGAUGCAUGGGACGUUCAAGCUUGUAAUGAAAUGAUUAUGCCUAUUUCAUCAAAUGGUGUUCAAGAUAUGUUCCCAGCAGCUCCAUUCAAUUUACAACAAUUAACCUCAUAUUGCCAACAAACUUGGGGUAUUACCCCUGGUGUUAAUUGGAUAACAACUUAUUAUGGUGGCAGUAAUUUUACCACCUCAAAUCUCAUUUUUAGUAACGGUGUUCUAGAUCCAUGGAGAGCAGGUGGUGUAUUAAAAGACUAUGGUGAUUCAGUUAUUCAUAUCAUUAUUGAUGGUGGUGCUCAUCAUCUAGAUUUACGUAUGCCAAAUGAAGCCGAUCCAGACUCUGUAAUUCAAGCUCGUAUAACUGAAACUAAAUUAUUACAAAUGUGGGCAAAUGAAGCUUCAUUAAAAAAACAAAGAAAAUAA